CCGGAGGACCAACCGCUUCGACCCGCGCCCGGGCGGCGGCAGUGUUGGCCGGCGCGGCGAGGAGGGCCGGGCAGACACGGUGGGGCGAAAAGCCCUGAAAGUUCCUCUCAGUUCCUUCCGGUGCGCCUCCCGUUGUCCUAUGCAGGGGCCCUGAGGGCGGAUUCAAGGCCCCGCGAGAAGUCAUCUAAGGCGGCGACGACUGUUCCCAGCCCCACGGGAACGGCGCGGACGCAGCGCCCCUCUCUCGGACAAGAAAACAGUCAUUCUAGAAAGUUUCAAAAAGGACACACUAGAUUUAAUUGGAAAUGUUAAGAUUGCCCAAAAAAGGAUUACCUAGAUUUGAGCAAGUUCAAGAUGAAGAAACCUACCUGGAAAAUUUAGCAAUACAAAGAAAUGCAUCUGCUUUUUUUGAAAAAUAUGAUCGGAGUGAAAUACAAGAGUUACUAACUACUGCACUAGUUAGCUGGUUGUCUACCAAAGAAGAUGUUCGCUCUCAAGGAGACCUCCCGUGUGGAAUUAUGAGUCAAAUGAAUAAUGUAGGCUUCUCCACUGCAAUCCUACUGACUCCCGUGGACCCUACUGCCCUCUUAGACUAUAGAGAAGUCCAUCAAAUGAUAAGAGAGUUGGCUAUUGGAAUUUAUUGCCUAAAUCAAAUCCCUUCCAUCAGUUUAGAAGCUAAUUAUGAUCAGAGUUCUUCUUGUCAGUUACCUCCAGCUUAUUAUGAUACCAGAAUUGGGCAAAUUCUGAUUAAUAUUGACUACAUGCUGAAAGCACUAUGGCAUGGAAUAUAUAUGCCCAAAGAAAAACGAGCUAGAUUCUCUGAAUUGUGGCGUACCAUCAUGGACGUUGAUGCCGACGGAAAACCUCAAACAAAUAAAGACAUUUUUUCAGAGUUUAGUUCAGCAGGUUUGACUGAUAUUACAAAGGAUCCAGACUUUAAUGAAAUCUAUGAUGAAGACGUGAAUGAAGAUCCAACAUAUGAUCCCAAUAGCCCUGAAGAAACAGCUGUAUUUAUGAAAUAUGCUGAAAAUAUUAUGCUAAAGUUAACAUUCAGUACCACACAAGUUCAACAGUAUGAAAAUGUCUUUAUAUUUGAAACAGGCUAUUGGCUUACUAAUGCUAUAAAAUAUAAUCAGGAUUAUCUUGAUAUCUGUACCUACCAGAGACUACAGCAAAGAUUAUAUCUUCAGAAAAAGAUUAUUCAAAAACACUUUGAGAAGAAAAAAGAUAUCAGAAGAGGGAUAGGAUACCUAAAGUUAAUAUGUUUUCUGAUUCCGUUUCUACUGAGUUUAAAGAAGAAAAUGAAAGUUCCAUAUUUAGGUAGUCUGCUUCAGCCUUUUUCAGAUGACAAGGUCAAGACAGAGCGAGAAUUGCCUCCAUUUAUUUAUGGAAGAGAUUUUAAAUGCCAGAAUUUUCACUACAAAGAGAAUCAAUAUUUUCAUGUUCAUGGAGGAAUUGAAUUUGAUAUCAGCACCCCUUCAAUUGAGAAUGCCUUGGAAGAUUUUCAGAAAAAUUUAGAAAAAAUACGAGAUUGUGCUGCUAAUACAUUCAUAGAAGAUUCAGGAUAUAAAGAAUAUUACUCAAUACCAGUCAUGGAAUUUCAUGGAAAAAGCUACUAUGUGAUGUAUUUUGAACUUGAAACUUUCUAUCAGCAACUAUAUAAGACACAGUGGUGGGGAGCCAUAAAUGAAAUAAUGAACAAUCUGAGACCAAAAAGACUUCCACUGACAGAUGCUCAAUUACACGAGCAAUUUAAGAAAAAAUUUGGUUUCAAAAGAGCUAUGAAAUGCAAGAGUAUUCCAUUUGGUAUGAAGUCCGCUGUUGAAAGAGGGUUGUCUGCAGUUUUCCAUACAUUUAGCCGUAAAACCUCAAGCUCAACAAUCAAUGUUUCAGAUGAAGCAGGUUAUACUAUUUUUCAUCAUGCUGCCCUGCACAACAGAGUUUCUAUUAUAUGUCAACUGUGCAAUGCUAACUUCAAGGUCAACCAGAGGCGCUUUGUUACGUUCGGCCAAGGUCCAACACCUCUACACCUUGCCGCACAGGCUUGCUCAUUAGAAACAACAGUCUGUCUACUGUGUUCCAAAGCUGAUUACACGCUUUCUGAAAAAAGAGGCUGGAUGCCAAUUCAUUUUGCUGCUUUCUAUGACAACGUUUGCAUCAUUAUUGCUCUCUGUAGGAAGGAUCCUAGUUUGCUAGAAGCUGAGGCAACAGCUGAGAAUCAGUGCACUCCACUGUUACUUGCUGCCACUUCAGGAGCACUGGACACUAUUCAGUACCUAUUUUCUAUUGGUGCUAACUGGAGAAAAACAGAUACUAAAGGAAAUAAUAUAAUCCAUUUAUCAGUGUUAACCUUUCAUACAGAGGUUCUCAAAUAUAUAAUAAAAUUAAAUAUUCCUGAACUCCCAGUGUGGAAAACUUUGGUAGAAAUGUUACAGUCUGAAAGCUAUAAACGAAGGAUGAUGGCUGUCAUGUCCUUGGAAGUAAUUUGCUUAGCAAAUGAUCAAUACUGGAGAUGUAUUUUGGAUGCAGGCACCAUUCCUGCCUUAAUCAAUCUAUUAAAAAGUUCCAAAAUAAAACUGCAGUGCAAAACUGUUGGGUUACUGAGUAAUAUCUCAACCCACAAAAGAGCAGUGCGUGCUUUGGUAGAAGCGGGAGGCAUUCCAUCUCUAAUCAACCUACUGGUUUGUGAUGAGCCUGAAGUACACUCUCGCUGUGCUGUCAUUCUAUAUGAUAUUGCUCAAUGUGAAAACAAGGAUGUUAUUGCCAAAUAUAAUGGAAUCCCAAGUCUGAUAAAUCUAUUGAACUUAAACAUAGAAAAUGUGCUAGUAAAUGUAAUGAACUGCAUACGAGUAUUAUGUAUAGGAAAUGAAAACAACCAAAGAGCUGUCAGAGAACAUAAAGGCCUCCCGUAUCUUAUCAGAUUUCUGAGUUCUGAUUCAGAUGUGUUGAAGGCUGUAUCUUCUGCUGCAAUUGCUGAGGUUGGGCGUGACAAUAAGGAAAUUCAGGAUGCUAUAGCUAUGGAGGGAGCGAUUCCUCCUCUGGUGGCUCUUUUUAAAGGGAAACAAAUUAGUGUCCAAAUGAAAGGUGCAAUGGCUGUGGAAUCACUUGCAAGUCACAACCCUCUUAUACAGAAAGCAUUUCUGGAAAAAUCGUUAACUAAAUAUCUUUUAAAACUCCUAAAGGCAUUUCAAAUAGAUGUUAAGGAACAAGGAGCCGUUGCACUUUGGGCCUUGGCAGGACAAACACUAAAACAACAAAAAUAUAUGGCAGAACAGAUUGGAUACAGCUUUAUAAUUAAUAUGCUUUUGUCACCAUCAGCUAAAAUGCAGUAUGUUGGAGGUGAAGCUGUCAUAGCUCUAAGUAAGGACAGCAGGAUGCAUCAAAAUCAAAUAUGUGAAGGGAAUGGAAUUGCACCAUUGGUUCGCUUACUAAGAAUUAGUACGAUUGCUGAAGGCACACUUCUCAGUGUCAUCAGAGCAGUGGGAUCCGUUUGUAUUGGUGUAGCCCAUACAAGCAAUCCUGUCAGUCAACAGUUUGUUGUAGAUGAAAAUGCCUUUCCAGUACUUAUCCAACUACUAAGAAAUCACCCUUCUCCUAACAUUAAGGUUGAAGUGGCAUUUUCCUUGGCAUGCAUUGUCCUAGGGAAUGAUGUGUUACAGAAAGACUUACACGAAAAUGAAGGAUUUGAGUAUGCUGAUGUCCUUUAUCUUCUUCACUCAACAGAAAAGGAUAUUUGCUUAAGAGCAGGCUAUGCAUUAACACUUUUUGCCUUCAAUAAUCGCUUUCAACAAUACUUAAUAUUGGAAAGUGGAAUAAUGACCAUAUCUAUUUUUGAACCUUUUCUUGAAUCAAUAGUUGAAACUGAGAAGGCAAUGGCAGCAUUUCAGAUUGUUGUAUUGGCUAAAGUCAUUAGAGAUGUGGACCAUAUUACUUUGUCUGCAAGAGGUGUUACUAUUUUAGUUGAUAGUCUGUAUUCAGUUCAGACUUCUACUAUUGUCUUGACAGGUAAUUUAAUACAAGCCUGGGCUCAUUCUAGAGCUGGUAUCCCCAGACAUUUAACCCACAUUCAGAACAAUCAACCGAAUUGUUUCUUCAUUUAGGUUCGCGCAGCUUGUUCCUGUGCUCUGGGCUACUUAACAUACAAUGCAAAUGCUUUCCGCAUCCUAUUCAAAGAAUGCAGGAAUAAACCUAAUCAGUUCAUUCGCAUAAAAAAUAAUAUCAGCAGAGAUGCAAGUAUUAACCCAGCAUUUUUAAAGGAAUUUCAAAUGCAACAAACACUGGUGGGACUUCCUUCCUUAAGUCUGGAGAAGAAUGGAGGACCAUCCAUAAUUCCUAUCUUUAAAAAAGGGAAGGAUCACCGAAGAAAAUUAAAACCUAAAAUUCAACCAAGAGAUUCUUUGACUUUAUUACCUCCUGUAACUAACUUCAUGGGACUCUUCAAAGCAACAAAAAAGUCCAAGGAUUCCCAUAAUAUUUUUUCUUUUUCAUCUACAAUUACAUCAGAUAUCACAAAUGUAUCAAGACCAAGAAUAGUGUGUUUGAACCAACUUGGGAAACAUGUCCAGAAAGCCAACCCAGAGCCAGCAGAAGGCUAAUAAAACAUUUUAGUAUGAA